GUAAUUUUCACUAACUUGUCAGGAUUUAUUUCAGCCUUCAGGCCAUAUCACAUCCUCACUCACAAUGCGUUUCUCCUUUGCAAUUUUCCUCGUCGUCGUAGCUCAGAUGGCGUCAUCAAGCUCUGCCACGCCUGUUCAGGAUGGGAUCGAAGAUUGUCCCGUCUUUUGCGUCUACAAACACGAAUGCCGCAGAUGCCCUGGGAAAACUUGCGUGAGUUAUAGUGGUUUGUGUCCUGGAUUUAACCAUGACUCAUCGACACGGCAGUUCGCCUUUAUAUGUGCUGUGAGUAGUGUUUCUGCUUUCACAUCGGUGCAGUAUGGUUCAUGACACUGACACGCGAGUCACUAGUGAUCGAUUGCUGAGUUGAUCAACUAAAUAAAGUUUCCUGUUACUCG